AUGACACCAUUUCCAUCCGCCACUGAUGCUGCUAAACAUCACACUGUUACCAAAAGUCCGCCUGUUUUUGCCAAAACCGGGCGAAUGACCCCUGACAAGCUCAAAAUUGCUCACGCGGAAUUCGAGCACAUGCUUGAACUAGGCAUCCUUCGUCCGUCUAAAAGCCCGUGGGCGUCGGCGCCCCAUAUGGUGCCCAAAAACGACAUCACGGCAAGCCUGCGCGGCACCCGGGUGCCCUCGAAAAUCGAUCUGCUUCGCGCGUAUCACCAGAUUUCGGUCGCUGCGGAACACAUACCGAAGACUGCCGUAAUCACGCCGUUUGGGCUCUUCGAAUUUUUGCGUAUGCCGUUCGGUCUUCGUAACGCAGUCCAGACUUUUCAACGGUUCAUUGAUUCAGUCACUGGAAGUCUAGAUUUCGUCUAUCCAUACAUCGACGAUAUCCUUGUUGCAAGCGCUUCUAAAGAACAACACGCAGAACAUCUCAGUAUUCUUUUCGAUAGACUGGCCGCUAAUGUCAUCACUGUCAACCCUGACAUAUGUGUAUUUCAGCAGCCUUCUGUCGAAUUUCUUGACCACCAUAUUGUUCAGUAUGGCAUACGGCCUCUAGACGAUAGAGCCCGCGCCAUCAGGGACCUUCCAGUCCCGACUAAGUUAGCCGCUAUUCGCCGUUUCAGCAGCAUGCUCAACUAUUAUCGACAUUUUCUUCCACUACCAAUUUGCUAA